AUGAAGAAAGCGAGGGUUCUGCUAAAACCCUCUUUCCUCCGCAGAGCCACUUCCAUCUUCUCCUCCCUUUCUCAGACUCGAGCUCUCUCUAACCUGAUGGAGACGAAUAAUCCUUCGUCGCGUUACUGUUAUGAUCCAGUGUUGCGAUGGGAUCCUCAAGUUGAAGACUACUUCAACAAAGCUUAUGGACCUCAUCACUUUUCUCGCAUCUCAAAAUCUCUCACGCGUCCAUCUUCGUAUUCAUGCAUUCGAGUGAAUACAGUUAAAACAACGAGCGGUGCGGUUAUUGAGAAGCUUACGAAGAUUUUAAACGAAUCCGAGGAUAGUUUGAAGCUAGUUCAAUCAAAUGGGAGUAGUUCAAUCUCCAAGUGUCAGAUUCCUGGUUUGGAGUAUGUUGUUUUUGUCCAUGGUUCAGGCCCACAUAGAAUUGAAUAUGGGCCUGAGAAGCCUCCUAAGGAGGUGUUAGUUAGUAGGAAGUGUGCUGAAGCAGUUCUUAGAGGAGCUCAAGUUUAUGUGCCAGGUGUACUGGCUUGCACUGCACAUGUUGAGAAAGGAGAUGAUGUUGCUGUGUGUGUUGCUAUGGAACAACCUGGUGAUGAAGGUGAAUGGAGUGUUAAUAUGACUCGUGGGACUACUCUGCAGGGUCUACCAUCAGGCAAGCAUCAUAAUUUUGUUAUUGUAGAUCCUUUCUAUUGUGAACGCAGUGGACUAUAUAUUGGGAUGGGAACAACUAUGUUGUCAAGGGCUGGCAUGUUUCGUGUUCCUAACGGAGUUGCUGUGGAUUUGAGCAAUAGAGUUUUCAGAUUGCCUUCUUUCCAUAAUGUCCUCGAGGGGGAAAUAUUUCUUCAAAACCUGCCAAGCAUUGUUGCUGCUCAUGCUCUUGAUCCUCAGAAAGGAGAGAGAAUAUUGGAUAUGUGUGCAGCACCAGGAGGGAAGACUACUGCAAUUGCUAUACUUAUGAAUGAUGAGGGAGAGAUAGUGGCAGCAGAUAGAUCUCAUAACAAAGUGCUGGAUGUACAGAAAUUGUCUGCUGAGAUGGGCCUAAGUUGCAUAACUACAUGUAAAUUGGAUGCGCUGAAAUCUGUUCUUCUUCCAAACGCACUCGGUGAUUCAACAACAUUAGUUAACGGUGACAAUAUUGGUUCUGUGACCAGCCAUUCUGAAUUAUCAUCAAACGAAGAUAUGACAUCUGGAAAAUCUGAGGCUAAGAAAUCAUCUGAGGAGAAUGCCAGCAUUGAACAGGCAAAUGGAGGAGAUAAUGUUAGCCAAGCUGAUGUCAGGAAGAAUAAGCGAAGGCUGAAAAAUGGUCGCGGAAGAACGCAAUCCCAAGGUGGAAGGGCUGGAAAAUCACAAGGUUUCCCACCUAAUAGUUUUGAUAGGGUCCUCUUAGAUGCUCCUUGUUCUGCUCUUGGCUUGAGACCUCGUCUUUUCGCUGGACUGGAAACUGUUAUAUCGUUGAGAAACCAUGGAAGGUACCAGCGGAAAAUGUUGGACCAGGCUGUUCAAUUGGUCCGCGUUGGUGGAAUUCUUGUAUACUCAACAUGCACAAUUAAUCCUAGCGAGAAUGAGGCGGUGGUUCGCUAUGCUCUGGAUAAAUACAAAUUUCUUUCUUUAGCACCACAGAAUCCUAGGAUUGGAGGCCCUGGUCUAGUUGGUCGAUGUGAAUUCCCUGACGGAUAUGUAGAGGAGUGGUUGAAACCUGGGGAAGAUGAAAUGGUUCAGAAAUUCGACCCUUCAUCUGAGCUUGAUACCAUUGGCUUCUUUAUAGCUAAGUUCAACGUCGGCCCCAAGGAUUAACAUCUCAAAAUGCUGAUUCCUAAUCCAAAGACAUUACACAAAAAAAAAAGAUUGUUAUUGGUCUGGUUUUCUGGAUGAGAUGGAGACACAAUUUUGUAAUCAUCUUUUUGAAUUUAACAACAUAAAUGUCAUCACUG